AUGGUUACUGAGGAACCUCAGACUGUGCGGGACGGUGCCGUCCUUCCAAAACAUAAAAGGUUUCCCUGUCCUGAGUGCGGGAAGCGUUUCCGUUCUAAUGCCCAUCUUAUUGUGCAUAAAAGAUCUCACACGGGCGAGAAGCCGUAUUCCUGUCCUGAGUGCGGGAAAUGUUUUUCAGAUAAGUCCAAUCUUCACACUCAUCGGCAACUGCACACGGGGGAGAAGCCGUUUUCCUGUUCUACGUGCGGGAAAUGUUUUAUAAAAAAAGCCGAGCUUGUUACACAUCAAUGGACUCACACAGGGGAAAAACCUUAUUCUUGUUCAGAGUGCGGUAAAUGUUUUACCAGGAAAUCCAUUCUCAGCAGACACCAACGGUCUCACACAGGAGAGAAGCCGUAUUCCUGUCCUGAGUGCGGGAAAAGUUUUCCAGUAAAGGCCCAUCUUUACUCACAUCUGAGGUCUCACACUGGGGAGAAGCCACAUUCCUGCCCUGAGUGCGGAAAAUGUUUUUCGGUGAAGUCCAAUCUUUACACACAUCAGAGAUUGCACACGGGGGAGAAGCCGUUUUCCUGUUCUGAGUGCGGGAAAUGUUUUUCAGAUAAGCCCAAGCUUCACAAACAUCAAAGAUCUCACACGGGGUUGAAGCCGUAUUCCUGUCCUGAGUGCGGGAAAUGUUUUUCUGUGAAGUGCAGUCUUUCCAAACAUCAGAGAUUGCACACGGGAGAAAAGCCGUAUUCCUGUCCCGAGUGUGGAAAAUGUUUUUCAGUGAAGUCCAGUCUUUACAGACAUCAGAGAUCUCACACGGGUGAAAAGCCGUUUCCCUGUUCUGAGUGCGGAAAAUGUUUUUCAAUGAAGUCCAGUCUUCUCACACACCAGAGAUUGCACACGAAGGAGAAGCCGUAUUCCUGUCCUGAGUGAGGGGAUUUUUGUUCCUCACUGAAGUCCUGUCUUCCUGUACAUCAGGGG